AUGUUAAAUUCAGAAGCUUUCCUUACUGUUAUAUUUCUUCAUAACGGGUUACUGAUUAAAAAGGAUUGCGGACCAUUUGUACCAGCUACAGUGUAUCAAUUAAUUUUUCAUGUUCCUCAAUUUUUCUUGAGGUCCAUGUCAUUUAAACCGGUUGAGCUUCGUGUGCUUAUCAAGACGCUAGAAAAGUCGAUGACGUGGCAUCAUGGCAAAGAAUAUGAUAAAAGAUCUGGU